GAAUUUUGUUGUUUAAGACUUACAAAGAACAUGUUGAGGGACAAAAACAUAAGAAGAGAGAGGCUUCCUUGAAGGCAAGUAAUGUCAUACCUCAUAGUACUCGAGGAGGUGCUAUACUUAGAUGCGAGUUGUGCGAUGUCACUUGUACAGGAAGUGAUGCCUAUGCAGCUCAUAUUCGUGGAGCCAAACAUCAAAAGGUGGUUAAGCUACAUACAAGAUUGGGCAAACCAAUUCCAUCCACAGAACCCGUUGCAGCAUCCACUACUGUGGAUACAAAAACUGGAGGCAAUAACACUGUUGAAAUGAAAACAGUAUGUGAAGUUAGUGAGGCAAUACCUUCUAAGAAAGUUACAGAAUCUCCUAAAACAAAUUUUGCAGUUUCAGAUGUCAAGACUGACACCCUUAAGUUAGAUGAAAAGACAGAUACUCAAUUAAUUGGUCAAGAUUAUAUCGAAGAGAUAAAAAAUGAUGAAGGUAAAGUUGUAACUUUCCAGUGUAAGUUGUGUGAGUGUCGUUUCAAUGACCCUAAUGCCAAAGAAAUUCACUUGAAAGGAAAAAGACAUCGUUUGCGAUACAAGAAAAAAGUUGAUCCUGAACUUGUUGUUGAUUUUAAACAAAACCUUCGGCAAAAGAAGGCUCAUGAAGAGAAACUGAGAAGACAGCAGAUAAGAGAAGAAUUAUUUAGGCAUUAUGAAGAAGAACGCUGGCGAGGAGAAAUGAGACUUAUGGAAGAGGAAGAAAGGCUUAGACGAAGGUUUGAAGAAGAAUUGAAAUGUUUUGACUGGCAGAGAAGAUUACACUUGGAUCUUCAAUCCUCUCUUCCUCCACCACCUCUUCCACCAAGAUCACUUCUGGGUGGACUUCCUGCUUCCUCUAUGAUCUCUACAGUGGUUGUGGCUCCGGAAGACAGCUAUGAAGUCAAAUUGUGUGUUGAGGAGGCUGCCGUCACUGUUUUGGCUGAACAAAAUGUCACUGUCACUGUGACCCUGACAUCACCUGUCAUGAGAAAAAGUGGUGAUGAUGGAGCAAGUGCUGAGAAUGUAAAAGACCCACCGGAUGUGUUGGACAGGCAGAAAUGCCUGGAUGCCUUGGCCGCCUUGAGACAUGCCAAGUGGUUCCAGGCUAAAGCCAGUGGUCUUCAUUCCUGUGUGGUGGUAAUUCGAAUUCUCCAAGAUUUGCGUCGACGGCUGCCAACUUGGGGACGACUUUCUAGCUGGGCGAUGGAGUUGCUUGUAGAAAAAGUUUUAAGUAGUUCCCAGUUGCCCCUGAGUUCUGGUGAUGCUCUCCGUAGAGUGUUCGAGGCUGUGAGUGGAGGCAUUCUGUUACCAGGUGGUCCAGGUCUUAUGGAUCCUUGUGAGAAGGACGCAGUAGAUGUAGCAGAUUUGAACAACCAGGAUCGAGAAGAUCUCGCUGCUAGUGCACAGCAAGCCCUUCGAUUGAUGGUAUUUCGACAAGUACAUAAAGUUCUAGGAAUGGAUCCACUUCCUCUUCCUAAGUUUGUCCGUGGACGUUUUAAUCGAAAAAGACGUCAUAACAGUACUGGAGAAGAAUCUAAGCAAGAAGGAGUGGAGGGAAAAAAGGUUAAAAAAACAGUGACCAAGUACAGCCUGAAACGUUGGCAGAAGCAGCUGUACAAGAAUGAAAAGAUGAAGUUUAUACAUGAAAUUGUUCUUGUCAGUUAUUGCACUUACCAGAUUAGACACUAAACUAACAGUUGAUAAAAAACAAAAACAUAUUGACUGUUGUAGUUCAAUUUAUUUUAUGCUUGUGGUAUUUUGUCUGGUUUGUUGUUUUUAAUUUAAUUUUGUAGUUUCAUAACCAGAAUAUCAGCAUAUCUGUUUGAGAAAGAUCAAAUAAUGAACUCUCUCCUCGACCUUGAACAAAAACUGUUUUAAGCAUUCCUUCACUUUAUUUCCAAAUCACUUGGAGUUCGUGUUAUUUUUUCCAGGUCAUUUGGAAAAGCAUAAGUUCUUUGAGGGUAAAAGUUUGUUUCCUUCAAGAAGUAGAAAAUAAAAUGUUGAGAAAAAGCUA